GAAUGUCUGAUACACUUGUCUUCCAGCUUUCGUGUUUCUAGCAUAGAUAUCUGUAGAGAGGCAACUGAUUCGAAGAGCCGCGACCAUGGGAAAGAAGCCGGGCUCGGAUGUACCGCAUGCGUGCGACAUCUGCUCCAACGUAUACGCCGGUCGUAAGUUUGUUAAGACGCCGGAGUUGCUCUUAUUGUACUUGUUAACAAAAUAAAAAUAGGGUUUCAAAUGCUUCGUCACAGACGUCGUUGCGUCACAAUUAGCAAAGAGGCAAGGCGUCAGAGAGCUUGUGAUCAAUGUGCUCAGUGGAAGGUGAAAUGCUGCUACAGCCGGCCAAGAUGCUUCCAAUGCAACAAGCGGGGAAUCGCUUGCACAUGGCAUGUAGGCAAGCGAAAAUUCGAACCGCUGCAUCCGGAGCCGGUAGUAGAUGCAUCAGCCGAGUCAGCUACGUCAAUGACAAGCCAUAGCCCGCCAAGCACAUUCUCACUUGGCCAGCAAGACGCUGGAUGGUCGAUGAAUAUGCCUUCUAUAGUGAUGCCGUCAGCCGAGAUAUCUAUUUCUGGUGCACCGUCUGAUGAGCUGGUUCCCUGGCGGAUGGGGUCGCCGGCAGAAAUGCUAUUCGACGAAGAGCUCAUUGGGUACAACAAGGAUCCUCCUAGUCUUGCUCUGCUUUCGGAUCCGCAAGAGCCGUUACAGGACGCAUCGACGGAUACGAUGGCAAAUGACAAUACAAGUCGCAGCAUCAUCUCACAAGGACAAAUACAGCUGGCCCAGUAUCCGACACUCCUACAACAAGACGGAUUUGAAUGUCCGUUUAUACACCGUAAACUAUUUCAGCAUGGGAUAGCAGAUAUGGCCAUGCUAUCUCACACAGCCGUGGCAAUCUGCUGCGCGGCUGGUCUCUCAUCCAAUAACGAAAACCAGUUUGUGCGUCACGCUAUAGAAGCAAAGCGCCAGAUGCUCAUAAACGCCUAUCCAGAUUAUUAUUGCAUAGACCAGUGGGAUGCGCUUCACGCCAUGUUCAUCUACGAAGUCCUGCAAUGGGACGCCUCUGUCACUGACAACGGCGACUGGCGAUGCAAGUCAACCGGAAACGGCUUAAAGUCCCCGUUUGUGACCAAGAUGACUAUGUACUAUCUCGAAGCGCACAUUGCUACAAUCAUGGCGGCAGAUAUGGCAAUGGAUAUUUCCUGGACAGACUGGGCCGUUGCUGAAACAGCCCGACGCACCAUGUUCCUCGCCAACAUGGUCAACUUUCUCAGUAAUCGCAAUUCAGAGACUGGAAAGCAGUCACCAUACUACGAACCAUUUGAUAGCGAACAGAUUCUUAACCUUACUCUUCCUUGUAGCCACGCCCUGUGGAAUGCAAGGACCGAGGCAGAAUGGCGUGCCCUUAUGCAAGAGGAGGCAGACAGCAGCAAAGCACAAGCGCAGACUCAGGGCACUGGAGGUGUUCAAAGUAGCGCAAUUCCUGUGAAUAUUACUCUACAAAAGGUCCUUUCUGAAGCCAAUUGGGACGAGCCUGAGAGUAGUACGAUAACAGAGCUAGGGUUUACAAACGUCGACUCGCUGCGCUCUCUGAUCGUCCUAUGCGCAAAGGCACAAUUUGAACCAAUUUUCAAAAAGUCAACCCAUGGAUAGAGUUGAAUUUCAUUAUAUUAUACUUGAUACAACUUUAUAUAUGGACUUGAUACAGAGAACCUUUUUUCUAUAGGUAGAAACGCAGCGGGUUUUUAGACCAUUCUGCAGAGCCCAACAUGAAACUUGGCAUGAUGAAUAACGACUUUUACAAUUGCUAAAUGCAUGUAAUUACACUUGAUUUCUAAUCUAAAAC